GUAUAUUAAAAGUGUGAUAUAAAGAAGAUGGAUCUUGAAUUUGGACUUAAAUUUUCAAAACCUAUUGUUAAUGAUGAUGAUUUGAUCUCAACUGACCUGCAUAUAUCCAAAGAUCGAGGUGGUCUUCUCUUCAUGUCUACAGAAACUGACUCAAUGUUCAUUCUUACUGCCCAUCUAAGAGGUUAUAAAAGGGAAAACAUAAGGAUGUCUAUUAGUCCAGAUGGGACACAACUCAAAAUUGAAGGUCAAUAUCCAAUUCAAGAAACGGUUUUGGUUGGAGGGGAAGUCUUAAGAAAUAUAAAAACAUUUGAAUUCAAAAAGGCAUUUAGAAUUCCAGAUGGUGUUGUUUUGAAUGAUGUUAACGCGACCUUUGACGAAGAAUCUGUCCUAAAGAUCACUAUGCCUAAGACGGUCCACGGAAUUCGUGGGAUGAUGAUCCAAGAAGUGAUAGAAGAAGAUCGAGAUUAUGAGAAGAAUGAAAAAAUGGUUGAUACAACAAAUGUUGAUAAACCUAAUUCCCCAAUUGAGAAUCGAGAUGGAGUUAAUAACAAAAUGGGCUUAAAAGAAAUUGAAGAAACGAGAAGCGCUCAAGAAAAUACUAGUAUAGAACAAAAAGACGAGAAAAUGAAAGGUGAGAGUCAAGAGGAAGAUCGCGAAGGGCAUCCUCAAAGUGCAGAUAAUCGAAAGUCGGGGAAAGAUUCAGUGUUGUGCAAUAGUUCAUUAAUAGUAGGAUCAGCAUUGUUUGCGUCUUUAAUAGCAAUUGUAAUUCAUUUCAUUAAAACCAAAACUCAGCCAAAAAAGAGGGAUGAUUGAAUAAAAUAAUUAAUUUGUGUAAUGA